AUGUCAUUCAACAGCUCUUCAGAAAACAACUCUGGUGUUGCGCGAGAGGAUGCUGCGGCAUAUCUUCGCAAUGCAUCUUUCUCUCGUGGUGAUGGCUCGGCCCCCAGUGCGGCAGUCACCGCAGCAGAUCUAUUGAACGCAACGUCAUUUGACCCAUCGAGACUUCACCCUAUGGCGGGAAUUAGUGACAAACUAGACUAUCUUGCAUUGGAUGACGAAAAAACUAACGCCCUGCCCGGUGCUGGAACCGCACUACCCAGCAGAGGUUGGAGCGAUGAUUUAUGCUAUGGAACUGGGACAACAUACCUCUCAGGUCUUGCAUUGGGCGGACUUUAUGGAGUUCGAGAGGGCUAUUCACGUCCCCUUUCAGUCUCUAGCACUCGUUUGCGCGUGAACAGUAUAUUAAAUUCUGUUACUCGCCGAGGCUCAUACUUUGGUAACUCGGCUGGUGUGAUUGCCCUGAUGUACAAUGUAUUGAAUUCAAGUAUCGAUGCGUGGCGGGGUAAGCACGACGUAUGGGGUAGUAUGGCCGCUGGUGGUAUCAGUGGCGCCAUCUACAAGUCAACAGCGGGAGUUCGUCCGGCUCUUGCUGCAGCAGGGAUAAUGACUGGACUAGCUGGAACUUGGAGUUGGAUAAAACGUACCAUUAUUUAA